AUGGCUCCCAAAAAGAAAUCCAAGAAGCCCGUCUCGAAUCCGGCCCGCGGGUUUGCGACAACAUCGAUUGCCUCGAAGCCAAGAGUCGCGGAGGCUGCUCCCUCUUCCGCAAGCACACCUGCUCAAAGCCGUAGUUUUAAUAACAACAAUAAGACAGCCGACACAGAUGCCCCUCCAAAGAACGAUGUCCCGCCGAGCAACUCGGCCAAGGGUGCUACGCCGGCCCAAAACACCCUGACAGCGAAGGCAUUGAGUCCCGAAGAGUUUGAGAAGCAACUGGAGGAGUCGGAACUGCAGCUUCUGGUCGAGAAGUACGGUCAGACCGUGCGGCGACUGGCCCAGAGGCAGAAGAGCAGACUCGAAACUGAUCGGCGAAUUCUGAGAAACGGCGCGGACACGGUCAACCCGAAGAAAUGGCUGCCGACAGAGCUAAUGGACCAGAUCCUGGAGCUCAUCCAGGCUGAGAACAGGUUUGCAGCGUCGGGGAUCGUCUCUGAUGGCGCGACUAGUAGGCUCCCGCCGGAGGAAGACCUCAUCAUCAAGCUGUGGACCCUGCAGCUGACCCUGCAAGCGGCUGGAAUGCCCUCCAACCGCAUUCAACCGGCUCUGCAAUAUGUUUUGGACAUCGCUCCCAACAUCUCGCUUAAUGUUAAGGGCGAAUCAAUCUGGGGACUGGAAGAAGUCCUCGACUGGUUCGCCAGAGAGUGCUCCCUGGAAGAGCUGCCAGACUACUCUGGUCGGAAGACAGGGUCCAAGUCGCAAGCAGAUACUCCAGCAGAUACUCCAGAUGCUUCAAGAGGCGGCACUCCAUUCGAGAUUGACCCCAAGCUGGGGUCCAAGAUGAAGGGUAGUGCCCUGAACAAGUCUCGCCAGGCAUCGCCCAAACGGCCGACAAUAACGGUCACAUUUGACGAAGACAUCGAUCCUGACCAACUCCUUCCUUUGUGGCUCGAAAGCAAAACCAAGCUGUUUCGCAUUCAACGCCCCCGCCAGGAUGCAGCUAAAAAGAAGGGAUCUCAGGAGAAGGACAGUAGCUCUGAUGACCCUGAGGAAGCCCUCUUGCUCGCCAAGAUCGACAGAAUUGAGAAAGAUGUUCUGUUUGACAAGAGCGUAGCCGAGAAUCAGUGGAGGACAAAGAAGAUAGAACUGGAAAGGGAAUAUGCUGCCGCUAAGGCAGAGGAACGCAAGAAGCAGGCUGAUGAGAAUAAGAAGAAAGCAGCUGAAGAACCACCGGCGCCAACUGACGCUGAUGAAAUUAAUGCUGAGGCUGAACGGAUCGCCGCCGAGAUUCUCGCAGAACAACCCGGGGAUGAGGACGGCGCGCUAGCUGACUUGUUUGCUAGCUUACCUGUUAAUGAGGUCGACCCCUUAACAGGGAAGAGUAAUACAGUCGUGAAUGGGGCAGAUGGCGUCAAAGUCACAAUACGGGACUUUGGUAAAUGGUCAGGUCUCACUCCUAUGCGAGUCCUCGAGGACGCAUGCCGGGACUCUUCAGUCAAAAUCUCAUAUCACCUCCUAUCUGAUGUUUCUUAUGCGAACCGCCAUGCGGUCAAUAUUAUUUGGUCGAAGCCACAGGAGAUUCCUACUCCUCUCGAACUGGGUGAGGUCGAAGUGUUUGCUUCACCGAAUCAGUUCGUCUACAAGAUGAUGUCUAUUGCCGCCCCUGACAAGAAGCAGUCAGAGGCAUAUAUCGCGACAGUCGCAUUGUUUGGCAUCUUUGGCGCCUCUGCCAAUGAAAAGGAGGACAAAGCUGGUAACCGGCUCCCUCAGGUCUGGAAAGAUCUCUAUGGGGAGCUGGCCGAGGCAAGGAAGAACAAGGCGGAUCAAGCUGAUCGUGAUGUCUUGAGGCACCUUCGGGACAUUGUCCGCAAGAGGGUAGAACAGGAACUCGAAGAAGGCGUACUCGUCCAAGGGUUCAAGGGACGUGGGCAGUCCAGGAAUCAGACCGAUUCAGACCAAUCGGAUCAAGACCGUGCCAGACGCCAGGCGGUCGAGCCUGAAUACUAUCAAAACAUUUGGCUGCAGAAGAGCCAGACGCCGAAGUUCCAAAAGAUGCUGGAAUACCGCAAGGAGCUUCCCAUGUGGAAAGCCAAGCAAGAUGUCGUUAACAUUGUCGAAAGGGAGCAAGUGGUUAUCAUCUGCGAACCCCGUCGUAUCUCGGCCAUCUCGCUGGCGCGUCGUGUCAGCGAAGAGCUGGGCGAAGACAAACACGAUCUCGGCACAAAUCGAUCGCUCGUUGGCUACUCGAUCCGUCUCGAAGCAAAGGUGGCCAGGGAGACACGACUCGUCUAUGCCACGACUGGUAUCGUCAUGCGGAUGCUGGAAGGCUCUAAUGACCUCCAGGAAAUCACUCACCUGGUGCUGGACGAGGUCCACGAACGCACUAUCGACAGUGACUUCCUUCUCGUUGUGCUCAAGAAGCUACUGGCCCGCAGAAAAGACCUCAAGGUCAUCCUAAUGUCGGCUACGGUUGACGCGGAGAAAUUCUCCAACUAUUUCGGUGGCGCUCCCGUUCUGAGCGUUCCGGGCCGGACGUUUCCUGUCAAGGAUCUCUACCUGGAAGAUGCGGUCGAGUACACUGGAUACACUGUGGACGAGCAGAACUUGGGCGGGAUCACGGAGAUUGACGACGAUGCAGAGCCCGAGGUCGAUGAGUCGGCCAAGCCCGAGCUGCUCCAGGAGCUCAGCCAGGCAGGUUACUCAGCCAGGACUCGUAACACCUUAGCCCAAUUGGACGAGUACCAGAUCCCAUACGAUUUGAUCAUCCAAUUAAUCGAUAAGAUCUCCGAAGAUGACUCGCCAUACAAAAUGUUCAGCAACUCGAUACUCGUGUUCUUGCCAGGUAUUGCAGAAAUUCGAGAACUACACGACAGGCUGGUUGUCUUCAAGACGCACAAGGAUGAGGCCAGACGACGCCAUGAAAGGAUGCAUGGCGACAUCAGACUCGAGGAUAACAUGCCUGACGACGAGUGGGUUGUUAUCCCACUGCACUCAACCAUCGCCACGGAGGAUCAGGAGAAGGCCUUCCAGGUUCUGCCGAGAGGUCAGCGCAAGAUUGUCCUGGCCACCAACAUUGCAGAGACUGGUAUCACAAUCCCUGAUGUCACCUGUGUGAUCGACACGGGCAAGCAUCGCGAAAUGCGUUUCGACGAUCGACGACAGCUUUCCAGGCUUCUUGAUGCCUUCAUUUCCCGCGCCAAUGCCAAGCAGCGUCGCGGCCGUGCCGGCCGUGUCCAAGAAGGUGUCUGCUUCCAUCUCUUCACCAGAUACCGGUAUAAGCACCUCAUGAACGACCAGCAGACUCCGGAGAUGCUCCGACUGUCACUCCAGGACCUGGCUAUCCGGGUCAAGAUGUGCAAUCUUGGCGGCAUCGAGGAGACCCUCAGUCAGGCAUUAGAUCCGCCAUCGGCCAAGAACAUCCGUCGGGCUAUCGACGCACUUGUGGAUGUCAGGGCUCUGACGGCCAACACAGAGGAGCUGACGCCGCUUGGUAUCCAGUUGGCUCGUCUGCCACUGGACGUCUUCUUAGGCAAGCUCAUCUUGCUCGGUGCGGUCUUCAAGUGUCUCGACAUGGCCAUCACCGUAGCUGCCAUCCUAUCAUCCAAGUCUCCGUUCCAGGCCCCCUUCGGGCAGCGUGCCCAGGCAGAUAAUGCCCGGAUGCAGUUUCGGAGGGGUGACUCCGACCUUUUAACAGCGUACAACGCAUACACGGCAUGGAAGCGUGUCUGCCAGACUCCCGGUGCAUCCGAGUACCAGUUCUGCCGUAAGAACUUCCUUUCAGAACAGGCACUGGCUAGCAUUGAGGACCUCAAGGGCCAGCUGCUCGUCGCUGUCGCCGACUCUGGCUUCCUGCAGCUCACGUCUGAAGAACGUCAGGCGCUUAACAGGCUACGCUUCAGCGGUAGACGGCGUAACCAAUGGUAUGAGGUGCCCAAGCGGGUCGACGUCAACAGCGACAACGAAGUUGUUGCGCAGUCGGUAAUUGCUUGGAGUUUUUACCCCAAGCUUCUAGUGCGCGAUGGUAACAGCAAGGGCUUGCGCAAUGUCGGUAAUAACAAGCCAAUUACCAUUCACCCGACCAGCGUCAACCAUCCGAGCAAGCGUGGUGAGGCUCCUCUCUUGCGGUGGUUGAGCUAUUACAACAUUAUGCAGUCCAAAUCAGCCUACGACGCGCGCGCCCACGAGACGACUGCCGUCGACCCGUUCGCGAUCGUACUGCUCUGCGGCGACGUCCGCGCAGACAUGUUCUCAGGCGUCUUCGUGCUGGACGGCAACCGCGCACGAUUCGCGCUGCCCGACUGGAAGACUAUGCUUGCGGUCAAGUGCUUGCGCGCCCGGCUGAAGGAGAUCCUGACGCGCAACUUCCGCACUCCCGGUAAGCUGCCAACUGCGCAGCAGGAGCGCUGGCUUGAGGUGUGGCAGAAGGUGUUUGCGCUUGCGAUGGAGAGGAAGUUGAAGGAGAGGGAGAAUGGGGGACGUGGCAGCGGUAAUAAUAAGUAG